CGCACCCUCACGCGAACGCACACCACAGAUUGCGCGCGUCGUUUUUGCCUGCAUCUGUUGGACUAUGCGGAUCAUUACACAACAGAGGAACUGAGCACUGGCCAUGCGUACUCCAUAACUCGAACAGGGGACAAUGAAUGGGCCAGAUACAUCCUGAUUGCGAGACCAACUGCGAUGCCUUCGAAGCGAAAGGCUACAGCCACCUCCGCCACCUCCGAGGCCGACAAUGCCACCGACUCGAGCCCUGCCAAUACCAACACUUCUGCGCCCGUCAAGAGACAACGAGUGUCCAGGGCUUGCGAUCAAUGCCGAGCUGCGCGCGAAAAGUGUGAUGGCAUCCAGCCACUGUGCUUUCCCUGCGUCUCCCAGAACCGUCCAUGCACCUACGCCGCCAACCCCAAGAAGAGAGGCGUACAGACCGGAUACAUCAAGACCUUGGAGGUUGCACUAGCAUGGCUCUUCGAAAAGGUUCCAGGGUGCGAGGAUGCCCUCGACAAUCUCUUGAUGCACGAGGGCGGCCAGGGCCAGAACCUGCUCGUGGGCAAGGACUCAGAUAAGGCCAACCGCCUGCACAAGAGAUGGAGGAGGAGCAAGGUUCACAAGGAGAUCGACCGUAUCCUCUCUGGUGGCGAUGUCGCUCAGUCUCGGGUCGAUAAGUCCUCGCCUUCUGAGGAUGGAGAGAGCGACAAUGAGCAGAAUGAGGAGACACCACAGACUCUUUCGAAGUCAAACCCUCUCCAAAGACAGUUACAGUCGGCCGGGGGCCCACUUUUGAGAUGCGCGGAUGGCUACACUCCUUCCGACGCCCAGCUCGACUAUGUCAUUAAGCUUCCCUCAAAUCACUGGCGGCUCGUCGACAUCUACUUCAGCUAUACGCACUGUUGGUAUCCCAUCUUGGAGAAGCAGGACCUCUUGAAAACUAUCUACCUAUACCCAGAGAAUGGCCUUGACAUCCGACAGAUGGGGAAUGCCUCUGCAUCGCAUGCCGAGCUCUGGGCUGCCAUGGCGCUGGCAUCCCACCAAGACGCCUCGAGUCUCAGGAUGUCGACUACCGGGGUAACCGAAAGCACGACUCUGUCGUCGGACGAUAUUUACAACAUCGCAAGGAGACUCGUGCCCUCAGAAGAGGGUGAUUUCGAGAUCCAGCACACUAGAGCACUGCUUCUCCUCGCCCUCAUCAACGUCGGGAAAGGAAAGAAGACGUCCGCCUGGAUUUUGGUCGGCCUGGCACACCGGAUUGCUCUGGACGUGUCUGAGCUCCAUAGUGGCGAAGAGCGGUCGUCCAGACAGGCCACGGCAGUAUUGAUGGGCUGCUAUAUCCUUGAUACCCUCAUCUCGGUACAUCGAAGGGGCAUGCCGAGCCUCGAUACGGCGGGCAUUAGCGAAGGCAUGAGCAUACCAGAGGACAACCUGGAUGAGUGGCAGCCGUGGGCACCGUGUGAGGGGUUCGGCCCGACUCCUGGUGCGAGAAUGUCCUCUCGAAGUCCAGCAUAUUCUUUGACGACUUUCAACCAAAUAUAUGAUGUCUUCAAAUUUAUGAGGAAACGAACUAUGCAGAGGCAGAAUGGGCUUCUUUCGGGAGAGCAUCCAUCAGAGGCUAUGAUGCUCCUACACCAGACCAUCAAGCCACGCCUUCCCUUUGCCAGCUUCAUCAUUUCUCGGGAUUCCAGCUCGGUCAGCAUCCCGUCCGCGUACGUACUGCGAAUCUUGUUCUUAUGGGUGGGUGCCAUACUCGAUUCUGUGGACGCAUCGCCCUGCGGUCUCAUUCUAGAGUCUGUCGAGCAGUACUUGGCACAAUUCGGCGCUUGUGGCGCACCGCCAUUCUUUUCAAGCUGUUUGGCGAUGAUGCGGCAGCACCCGAGCUUCAAUGAUCUUCACCCACAAGGCAAGGAAAGAUGGCAAAUGACACAAGAUACCUUGGCUUCCAUCUGGACGACACCAACCACCAAACCACCCCGAACGGUUCCUCCAGUUCCCGCUCUCUCGAAGACCACAGCCACAGCAGAAACACCCCUGGCUGCCGCAUCGGCCCAUACCGCCCCUACCGUCAGCACAUCGACACCCCCCGACCUAAUGCCCAUGCUAAACACGCAGUCCAUAAUGCACAGCGGCCCCGGCCCUCCGCUCCAGCAAGGGCAACGCAUGCCCCCCACGCGGACUCUAGUCCACCGUGAGAGCUUCAACGCAGGGCCUCUGGACUACGAUGCCCUUCUAGACGACCUAUCGUCGAUGGACUACCUCGACCGCGUCGACGCUGAUCCACAGUUCAUGGCGAACCUGGGCUUCGCGCCGGGCUGUGAUAUCUCGGAGGUCUUGAGCCACGAGUUUGGGGCCAUAUAA